GUUUACGGUCCCGGGGCCUGACGAGGGACCCAGGGCGCCGAAACGAACGAAAAAAUUGCCCAUGCAGUUGCUUUUUGCCCGCUGCCUUGGAGGCCCCCGGGCCUGCCGCUGCAGUCCUCGGCGCCGCCCCCUCGGCACGCCCACGCCGGCGCGCUUCCAAGGAGGCGCCCUCGGCGGAUCAGGUGAUCGGCCAGCUGCGCUCCGUGGCGGCCGAGCUGGAGGACAUCGUGCAGCAGCGGGCCAGCAGCUCGCGAACGUUGGUGCAGGGUGGAGUGCCGGAGCAGCUGCUCAGCAUGGUGGGCUGUACCUCCGCAACCGGCUGGCGCCUGCACGAGACCGAGGUCCUGGAGCCAAGGGCGCCCGUGGGCACGGCGGUGGACGGCUGCGAAGGCUUCCGGCCGCCCGCGCGCACGGACUGAGCGGCGCUGUGGUGCCGGGGCCGGGGGAG